AAGCAUUUUGUCGAAAUUCAUUUUAUCAUGGUUAAGUUAGGUUAUAUCGUCAAAUCAUAAAAUUAUUUAUAAGCUAGUUUUUUAAGGAAAAACUUAAAUUUAGUGAAUUUGCAGUGCGAAAACUUUGAGAUUUCCACAGACGAACACUUGGCGAAACCGGACACAACAACAACUGUAGUAGAAUAACCACAGCAACAACCAGCAGAUAAAAACACGCAAAGCAGCGAUAUCUAUCAACAAUUGUUGCAUUUGCGGCAAAUUUACAUCCAAAUUCUAAGCAAAAUUACGUCAAUUAACAAGAAGAGCCCUCCUCAGAAAAACAUGGAGGAAGACGAGAGGGGUAAAUUGUUUGUUGGCGGUUUGUCCUGGGAAACAACUCAGGAGAAUCUCUCCCGUUAUUUCUGCCGUUUUGGCGAUAUUAUUGAUUGCGUCGUUAUGAAAAACAAUGAAAGUGGACGAUCUCGUGGCUUUGGCUUUGUUACAUUUGCCGAUCCUGCUAAUGUCCAGCACGUAUUACAGAGCGGUCCUCACACUUUGGACGGUCGGACAAUUGAUCCGAAACCAUGCAAUCCACGUACUCUGCAAAAGCCUAAAAAAGGAGGUGGCUACAAGGUAUUCCUGGGAGGCUUGCCAUCAAAUGUAACCGAAACCGAUCUGAGAACAUUUUUCGGGCGUUACGGCAAAGUUACAGAAGUUGUAAUUAUGUACGAUCAGGAAAAAAAGAAAUCACGCGGUUUUGGGUUUUUGUCAUUUGAAGAAGAAUCUUCUGUUGAGCAUGUUACUAAUGAACGUUAUAUUAACUUAAACGGCAAACAGGUUGAAAUCAAAAAAGCUGAACCCCGUGAUGGAUCCGGCGGCCAAAACGCUAACAACAGUACUGUAGGAGGUGCUUACAGUAAACUAGCCAAUGAAUGCAGCCAUUGGGGCCCACCUCAUGCACCAAUUAAUAUGAUGCAGGGGCAAAAUGGACAAAUGGGUGGACCACCAUUAAAUAUGCCAAUCGGCGCGCCAAACAUGAUGCCAGGCUAUCAGGGCUGGGGAACGUCACCGCAGCAAGGCGGUUAUGGUUAUGGCAACAGCGGUCCGGGCUCAUAUCAGGGCUGGGGUGCACCACCUGGUCCCCAAGGUCCUCCACCACAAUGGUCCAAUUAUGCGGGGCCACAACAGACGCAAGGUUAUGGUGGUUAUGAUAUGUACAAUUCCACCUCGACUGGCGGUCCUUCCGGACCAUCAGGUGGCGGCAGUUGGAACGCCUGGAAUAUGCCGCCCAAUUCAGCUGGGCCAACCGGAGCUCCAGGUGGUGGUGCCGGUACAGCAACUGAUAUGUAUUCACGUGCCCAAACUUGGGCUGCUGGUGGACCAUCUACUAGCGGCCCGGUUGGUGGAAUACCACGCACCGGUCCUGGUAAUUCAGCUUCGAAAUCGGGUUCAGAAUAUGAUUAUGGUGGUUAUGGAUCUGGUUAUGACUAUGACUAUAGUAAUUAUGUGAAACAAGAGGGUGGUGCUUCCACUUACGGGGCCGGACCACGUUCAGCGUAUGGCAACGACAGUUCUACACAAGCUCCAUAUGCUGCUUCCCAGGCCGUCUAAAAGACGCAAAAACUUGUUUGCCUACCUGCUGAUGAUGCUGCCGCUGUCGCGUCUUAAAUUUUAUUACAACAAUGAAAAGAAAAAUGAUUAUUGAUAUGAAAAAGCACUGAACCCAACCCAACCGCAAUAACAAAACCAACAACA